AUAUUUAACAUCUAAAUGAUUUUAAAAGUCUGUUAAAGGUUAAUACCCAGUAUGAUUAUAAGAUGUGGCCGGUCACGUCAACGAGUCCAAGGGUAACAUACUUUAUAACAAAAAGUUGCAUUUGCGAACUACGAUUUCUAGGUUAAUGAAUGCAGACUACUCGAGGCUUAUCAACAGUUUGAUAGGAGGCUACUGUUGAGCUUACUUCUGACACGAAACGACGGCGAUGGAACGAAAAGGCUGUCACGCCACGACAUGGACGUUCGCAAUAGCGGUGUUGGUGGGGCUGUUGGUGCCAUGCAGUUGCACAGUGGCUGGGAGCAGAAACGUCCUGAUGAUUGUGGCUGACGACGGAGGGUUCGAGAUGCAGGUAUAUGGUAAUUCCGCGUGUCGAACGCCGCACCUGGAUCACCUAGCGAAGCGCAGCACCGUCUUCACCCGCGCCUUCACGGCCGUCAGCAGUUGCUCGCCCUCCCGCUCCGCCAUCCUGACGGGGCUCCCUACGCAUCAGAACGGCAUGUACGGGCUCCACCAGGGCUACCACCACUUCAACUCGUUCGACGGCGUGAGGAGCCUCCCCGGUAUCUUGGCCGAGCACGACGUCCGCACGGGCAUUGUUGGCAAGAAGCACGUGGGGCCCGAGGCCGUGUACCCGUUCGACUUCGCGCACACGGAGGAGACCGAGUCCAUCAUGCAGGUGGGCCGCAACAUCACCCGCAUCAGGCUGCUCGUCAGGCAGUUCCUCCAGGCCAAUGACUCUCGCCCCUUCUUCCUCUACGUGGGCUUCCACGACCCCCACCGCUGCGGCCACACUCAGCCACAGUUCGGCCAGUUCUGCGAGAAGUUCGGCAACGGCGAGCCCGGAAUGGGAUACAUACCGGAUUGGCGGCCGGCUGCGUACGACCCGGCGCAAGUCGAAGUGCCGUUCUUCGUCCAGGAUACGCCGGCGGCGCGAGCGGACCUGGCGGCCCAGUACACGACGCUCUCCCGGCUGGACCAAGGCGUAGGACUCAUUCUGCAGGAGCUGGAGAGCGCAGGCCACGCGCAGGAUACCCUGGUCGUAUACACGUCAGACAACGGGAUCCCUUUCCCCGCCGGCCGCACCAAUCUCUACGACCCUGGCAUGGCAGAGCCCUUGUUGGUGUCUUCGCCGCUUCACCCCGCCUCCUGGGGGAACACCACAGCCGCCCUGGCGUCUCUCCUCGACCUGACCCCGACUGUCCUUGACUGGAUGAACAUUACAUACCCAAAGUACAGCAUUCUGAAGAAGGACGAGCCAGCGAUACUGACGGGGAAGUCGUUGCUGCGAUAUCUUACUCCAGAGAGACAGGAGAACGAGGGAGAGAGUCGGCAAGAUCCACGCGGUGCCGCUGACGACGAAGAGAGGCGGGCCAACAGCAUACGGCAAGACGUGACGCAGACGAGGUACGACCCGACGGUCACAGCAGAGGAGCUCUCGGACGCUGUGUUUGCCAGCCACGACUUGCACGAGGUCACCAUGUACUACCCAAUGCGAGCGGUCCGAACCCACACCUUCAAGCUGAUCCACAAUCUCAACUACAAGAUGCCGUUCCCCAUCGACCAGGAUUUCUACCUCGCGCCGGUGUUCCAGGAUAUUCUCAACCGCACGCAGGAGGGGGCGCCGCUCCCCUGGUACAAGACGCUUCAGGAGUAUUACUAUCGAGACGAAUGGGAGCUCUACGACCUUCUAGUCGAUCCCCACGAGCGCUUCAACGUGGCGAGGAAGGGGCGUUACCAAGGCGUCCUCAGGCUGCUGCAGGGGAAGUUGUGGGCGUGGCAGAAUGCGACUUACGACCCGUGGGUGUGUGGGCCGGGGGCGGUUCUUCAAGACAGCGGGGCCUACGCCCACCACCACCAGUGUCUGCCACUUUAUAACGGCCUCUAACAAUAAUCGGCCCAUAUGUAUUGAUUUUAAGAAGGUAAUAAGUGUUAUGCCGACAUGCUACGGACACAAAUAAUAUGAUGUAAGAGAUUGCAAUUGUAAUUUGGUGACAUUUAUGAUUUUGUUGUAAGUAAUUACUCUAGUCGGUAUUCCUUACAUUCGUCUUUAGAUCAUGUGAUCAGAAUAUUAUGCAAGAACAAAGUAUUAUCUAAUAAUA